AUGCAGUUAAAGCCAAUUCUCAGCAAGACGCAGAUGAAAUCUGGGGACGUUUCUGCGUUACCAGUCACCGAGCUGCCCGCGAUCGAGACUGUAGAGAGCGAUGGUGUCCCGCGGUUCUGGCAAAUUGCCGUCCGUGGCAACACGUACUUUACCACGUCGUGGAAACAGGAUGGUAACAAGGUCGUGCAUGCACCAGUCACCGUGACGGGUAAAAACAUUGGUCGAAGCAACAAAACGAGUCCUCGUCAACAGGUCAUUCUCGAGGCACAGCGCAAGUGGGACCAGAAACAACCGUCAAGCCGAUGCUGGCCCAGAAACUGGUCGAGAGCCGCCUCACAUACCCCGUCGACGUGUCCCCGAAGCUCGACGGCGUGCGCAUGCUCAGCAAGCGCGACAAGGGAGUGA